AUGGCGUCCGUCGCGAAAUCGUUUGCCGAUCACGCUGUGGUGCCUGAUGUUGUUCCAGUCGCCCCCUCAGCCCUGCUCAAGGUAAAGUACCCGAGUGGUGUGGAAGUUAACGAAGGCAAUGAGCUGACCCCGACACAGGUCAAGGACCAGCCCACCGUGGAGUGGGAUGCGGAGCCUAAUGCCUUCUACACCGUCGCCAUGACUGACCCGGACGCGCCGUCGCGCAAAGAGCCCACCUUCCGCGAGUGGCACCACUGGCUGGUUGGCAACGUGCCAGGGGCCAACGUGGGCGGCGGCGAGGUUCUCUCCGCUUACGUUGGCUCCGGGCCCCCGCCCUCCACCGGCCUCCACCGCUACGUGUUCCUCGUCUACAAGCAGCCGGGCAAGAUCGCCUUCGACGAGAAGCGCCUGCCCAACACAUCGGGCGACGGCCGCGCGAUGUUCUCCAUUGCAAAGUUCGCGAGCAAAUACAACCUAGGCACGCCCAUCGCCGGCAACUUCUACCAGGCGCAGUACGACGACUACGUGCCAAUCCUCUACAAACAGCUCGGCAAC